GGUGUAGCUGCCAUGGCGCCAUACUUCAUUGUCUGCGCGUUGGUAACGCUCAUCGCUAGGUGCAGGGAGCUGGUGGUGUGCUUCUGGUUGCUGGGGCACAUUCUCAACGAGGCUCUAAACUUCUUCCUCAAGCGUCUCUUCAAGGAGCAACGCCCGCCUGGCGCCCCAGCGGUGGGUUUUGACGGGCAUGGGAUGCCGUCGGCGCACUCUCAGUUCAUGGGCUUCUACCUUGUUUUCUCCGCAGCCGUCAUCCUCCUGCGGAUCAAGAACGUCUCGAUGGUGUACAAGCUGCUACCCAUCGCCUUCAACCUGCUCCUCUCCGGCGCUGUUGUCUUCGGCAGGGUGCACUUGGGCUUCCACACGGAGGCGCAGGUGAUCGUCGGUCUGUGCGUUGGUGUCCUCUUCGGGGGCUGCUACUACACUCUCCUCCACUUCCUCAUCUUCCCGCGUUUCUCGGACAUGGCGGCAUGGGGGAUCUCAAGGUUCCUGAUGCUGAGAGACUGCAAACAUGUUGACAACGUCAUUCAGAGCGAGUACGACUUCUACACGUCGAGGCAGAAGAAGAGAGGGUAGUGCAAGGACUCAGAUUACAACGCAUUCCAUCCCACAGCCUUCGUCCUUGCUCCCUCCUCCCUCCUCCCUCCUCUGUAGGACCAUUGUCCCUCGUUCUCCACCCUCCUCUCACAAAAUCUCAAGA